AUGCUUUUAACAUACCAUGAUAUUAAGAUCAGCUUGCGCUCUCUUAAAAGACGCCUGAAGAAUGCAGGUUUGUUCAGACGAAAAAACUAUUCCCUAUUAAGCGAUGUCAGGAAUGCUAUCAGAGCAGAGCUGCGUGGGCCAGGACAGCUGUUCGGCUACCGAAUGAUGUGGUUAGCGCUUCAGCAGAAACACAAAUUGCGUGUGAAACGAGAUGACGUUAUGCGGUUGUUGAAAGAACUGAAUCCACGAGGUACUGACCAGAGGACUCGUCGUAGAUUUGUUCGACGUACCUAUCACUCCAUGGGUCCGAACUAUCUGUGGCACGUUGAUGGUUAUGAUAAACUAAAACAGUUUGGUUUCGGUUUAUCAGGAUGUAUUGAUGGUUUUUCGAGGCGUGUGUUGUGGCUUAUUUGUGGGCAUAUAAACAAUGACCCUGCAGUUAUUGCAAGUUACUUCAUCACCUGCGUCCAACGCCUCGGUGUUGUCCCCAUGAGACUACGAACGGACUGUGGAACAGAAAACGGUACCUUAGCAGCAAUACAGUGCACUCUUCGCCAUCACCAUACAGACUACCAUGCUGGCUCAAGGAGUCACAUGUAUGGUACAUCAUUGAGCAAUCAGCGCAUCGAAUCUUGGUGGUCUAUCUUCAGAAAAGCGAGGGCUCAAUUUUGGAUCGAUCUUUUUGGAGAUCUCAGAAAUGAAGGACACUUUAAUGGCAGCAAUGAACACCAGUGCCUGCUUCAGUUCUGCUUCCAAAAUAUUCCAAGUGGUGCUCGCUGCAGAGCAAAUGGGCGGACGUUAGACGUCCAACGAGGAGGAGCUACAGAUCCAACGAGGAGGAGCUACAGAUCCAGUGAGGGGAGCUACAGAUCACAUCCAGAGAGGAGGAGCUUCACGUCACGUCCAGCGAGGAGGAGCUACGUAAGGUUCACCUCUAUGGGUCGUACUUUAAUUUCCUCUCUUUAACUUUUGUCAUGUUUUCAUGACAUUGUUUCUAUGCGAAACAGUAUGACUUACACUAUCUGCACCCCUGCUUUCGUCCCCCCACCAUAUUAACGCUAUUUGUGAAUCAUGUAACAUAUAAUUCAUUAAUGUAAAAAAACGCUGAUAUGGUUUUUGCUUUGCCCUUACAGGUGUGAUAAAAAAUAAAUAAAAUGAUCACCUAUUAGCUUGUCUCAUCUCGUUUAUUCCUUUUAAAUGUAGACUUAAAUGUAGACUCCACUUCAAAAAA